AUGUCGCACAUGACAGAGCAAGAACGGCGCGACGAGGUCGCUCAUUUCAUGAAGAUCGUCACGGCGUUUAGGCAAUACGAAGCCUACGCGAUUUCCGCGAAUACUCGUCGGCGACGCGACUUUUAUCGUCUUCCAAAGGAGGAUAAGGAGAUUCUUGACUCACUGGGAUGGAGGAAACAACUGGAUAUGGUAGACGAGCUCAUUCACGAGAAUGCAAAGGUCCUCGAGCGAAUCGUCGCGAAUCCUGCAAUCUUUAUGGACCAAGAGGAGCUUGCACUAGCAGAGAAUAACAAUCACGACGUCCGCGAUAGCCAUGGGAUGGACCAUAUGCACUCACAUGGAGAUGGAGCCCAUAGCCAUUCUCACUCAUCGCACUCGCAUUCUCAUGGUUCACACGAGACGUCUCGACGACAGCAAGUAUCUGCAACGGAUAUGGACAAAGUCAGGAGCACUCUCAAACAGAUUGUCCGAGACUGGAGCGAGGAGGGCAAGGCAGAACGUGAUGUGACCUACAAGCCGAUGAUCGAUGCCCUGCUAGAGCACUUUCCCGAUCAAGGGACAUGGCCAGAGAAAAAGGUGUUGAUUCCGGGAGCUGGGUUGGCUCGACUUGGCUGGGAACUAGCAUUCCUCGGGUUUGAAACUCAAUGCAACGAGUUUUCUCACUUUAUGCUCCUCCCGUCAUACUUUAUUCUGAACGAAACAAAGGAUGUCAACCAGCAUACAAUCUAUCCUCAUAUCCACACCUUUUCGAAUGCUAUGAGUGCCAAAUCUAUGAUGAGAGGCAUUUCUUUUCCAGAUGUGUCGCCCUCAUCGCUACCACGUUCCUCGAGAUUUUCCAUGGUUGCUGGGGACUUUGAGGAGCUGUUCGGCCCCAAAGAGGAUCCAGAGGAGGACGAGACUGAGCAGUGGGAUGCCGUUCUGACCUGUUUCUUCAUUGAUACAGCCAAAAACAUUGUGAAUUAUCUCCGGAUCAUCCAUCGUAUUCUCACCCCAGGGGGGAUAUGGAUCAACUGUGGACCUCUAUUAUGGCAUUUUGAAAACUCGGAAGAUAUCUCGAUAGAACUUUCCUUGGAGGAAGUCAAGGAGUUGGCCGCAAAAAUUGGGUUUGAGCUCAAGGAUCAACGCACGAUAGACACGAGUUAUGUUGGGGACGAGGGGUCGAUGCUGUCCUAUGUAUACAAAACGGCCUUCUGGACUGCAACCAAAGUCGCAAAGUAA